AUGAAGGUCAAGAAGAAGGACCUCCGCAAGGGGGAGGCGCAGCUGCCGAUCAACUACCCGCCCCCGGAGGUGGCGGACGGGGUCGUCAUCGACCGCACCACCGACUUCGACGCGGAGAAGACGCGGGUGGAGGCGCUUUGCAAGCGGCUGGCGCACAGCGAGGUGGCCGUGCGGGACGCGGUGUUGGCUGAACUGCCGCGCUACCUUCGAGGCGUCACGCGGCGCCUCGUGGGACUAGAGGCGGGCGCCGACGUAGCCGCGCUGCGUCGCUGCAUCGCCAUGCGGGGCGGCGCCGACGCGGGCGGAGAGGCGCAAGUGGUCGUCAAUGUGCUCCGCGAGCUGGAGGCGUACCGUGACCGCGCGGGCAGCGCAAAGCGCGAGCAGCGACGUCAGGCGGCCGUUCGGCGUGUGCAGCAGCAACAGCGGCUGCAGCCGACGGCGGGUGACGGGGACGUGGAGGAGAGUAAAAUUAACAGUAAUGAUAAUAACCACAGCGACACGGCGGCGGCGGAGGCGGGGCGCAAGAGUCUGCGGCAGAUAUACGCAGAGUGGAUCUCGGUCUGGUGCGAGAUGGAACUGCUGCUGCUGAAGCUCUCCCGUGGCGUGUUCUUCUGCCUCUGGCACUCCGACAAGCCGCUGGUGCAGCUGGAGUGCGCCCAGCGCAUCGCCCGCCUCAUUCACGCGCCGCACACUAACAGCGGGAAGAUUUUGCUCUUCAGCUGCCUGAUGCGGGUGCUCGUACGGGAGUGGCGCUCAAUGGACCGCUACCGCGCCGACAAGUUCCUCGCGCUGGUGCGCAAGAUGAUGUACGAGCUGGCCUGCCUGCUGAAGUCGCUGGAGGCGGAGACCCGAGCGCAGCUGCGCAGCGGCGGCGGCGGCGGCAGUGCGGAGCGAGAGGCGGUGACGACCAGCGGCAGGGCUGACCGCCCCGCCCGGGCACCAAGACGAGCCCCCGCCUCUGCCGGAAAGAAGCGAGGACGCGGCGGCGGCGACGAAGACGACGACGCGGAAGUGUUGGCGCACCCCCCGCUCUGCCGCGCCCUCGACGAGGCGUGCUACGUCUUCAGCGGGCAGGUCGUGCCGGAGCCCACCGCCGUGGGUCUCUCCAUGCACGUAUGCGACGUCCUCUUUGACGAGCUCUGCCGCGCGGCCCUCUCCCCCGCGCUCUUCGUCGCCCUCGGCGACCGCGUCGCGCUGCACGCGAUGAGUCAAGGCAACUACGUGGAGAAGCGGGUGCUGGACUACUUCCUCGCCCCCAUCGCCGGAGGGCUGCUGGCCAGCCGCCGGCGCGAGCAGCGUCAGCGGCGCGGCGAUGAGGACGACGACGAGGGCGCCGCGGCGGCCGACGCCGAGACGCGCGGCAUGCUGCUGCAGCUAGCGGACUGCUGCAGGGCGUACUCCGUGGCGCGGCGCACGGUGCGUCCGGUGCGUGCGAUGUUCACCGAGAGCGAGAUGGUGCUGCGGCAGGCCGCGGACCCCGCCGCGUACAAGGAGCUGACCCGCGGAGAGCUGCGCCGCCGCAUUGAGCACGAGGUCGCCGAGGUCGAGGAGACGCGGCACGCCGUCGCGGAGGAGCGGCGCCGGCUGCGCCUGCUGCGGCAGCAGGAGAAGAAGCAGCUGCUGCAGCGUCUCAAGAAGAGGCUGCGGCCCG